AUGGCGCCCACCUUGCCCGAAGCAGACGCUGCCGCUGCGAACACGCCCGUUGUCGCAAACACAGGAUUCAGGUUGGGCGACGAGGAACAAUUUUCAGAUGCAAGCGACAGCGACCAAUCACAGACGAGCCAGCGAAGCGCUUCCCCGAGGCGAGCAAACGGCCAGGCGCCUGCGACCAAGUCAAAGAAGAAAAAGCAAAAGGACCGACGCAAGAUGGGCGCAUUGGCCGAUGAGUUAGUCGACGUCUUGGGCGACGCCUUCUCGACGCCCCAAGCCGACCUGCAGAGUGGCCCGGUCCAGCAAGCCAACGGCGACCAAACUAUGGCCAUUGAUUCCGACCCCGUGGGCAAGAAAAUGAACAAACGCACCCGCCAGAAUCUCGCCAGGAUGCAAGCACGCAAAGAAAGAAAAGUGGCUAACCCCAAGAUGGACAUAUCGGAAGACAAGACACUGCAAGCCCAGAUGGCAGCCGCGGAGCGCAUAGGCAUGUCCUUGGACGCGUACCGCAAGAUCGGCAGUGGCAAGGGCAUGUCAAGAGCAGCCGCACGGAGAGCAAAGAAAGAUGCCAUUAGAAAAGAGCGAGCUGCAGCCGCGGUAGACGAAAUGGAGAUUGGAUAA